GCCACAAUUUCAGAUGAGGUAUGUCCCCAAAUCUAAUGCUUCCCGUCCGCAUCUAAUUCUUGGAAUAGACUCAGAGAUCACGAACAAAGGCUUUAUCUUCGCCAGGUCCGAACGACGUGGAGGACUUGAGAGAGAACAAUGCGCAACACUGAUGAAAGCACUCAAUUGGUCGUAUGAGUUCGUGGACUACCAUAAUGAUAUUGGGCAUAUCUAUGAAAAUGGCACCAUAACUGGUAUGCUAGGAGACGUAUAUGAAGGUCGAAUUGAUAUGGUAUGUGGGAGGUUUCGAAUGACAACAGAGCGGCUAAAAUACUUGAAGUUCGCCUAUCCGAUAAACGUUUCCGUCAAACAGGUGUACCUCAUUCGCGAGCCUGUAAAAAAGCAAGACAUGGGUUUUAUGCUCAUGCCAUUUGAAGGAUAUCUGUGGAUUUUUCUUGCCCUCACCAUCGUGAUCGUUACGCUUGUUCUCAUGCUAUUGCGAUAUAUUGAAUUCUGGGACAAAAAUGAAGCGUUUACAAAAUCAUCGUCCAGUGCCGUCUGGCACCUGAUCUCAUAUUCAACGAAUUUUACAAUAGAGCCUAAACCAUCGCCGACUUAUAUAUCGUAUUGGGGUAUCAUGACUUUGUGGAUGUUAGUAUGGACUCAUGUAUUUGUCGCCUAUUACACCUCGGAGCUGCGAGGAAUGCUCAUAUUUUCAAUUACAAAAAAGUUGCCUUUCGAUGAUUUUGAUGGAUUAGUAGAAAGUCUUGAAGAAGGUUCAUAUCGUUUUAUUGGUCCAUCGCCGCAAUGGAGACCCGAGUGUCCAGACAAUUAUACGCAGGCAUCAUGCACACAGCUUUUUGACAGGAUAUUUGCCAAAAAUCCUCCUGUGAUUGCAUCUACUUCACAACUAACAAACGAUACGUUCGUAAACAAGUUUUCUGUGCCUCUUGUUGGUGUGGAAUGGUACGAAACAGAACGACUCGGAGGGAAUAAGAUUGCUAUUUGGACCAAACAUAUGUUUCACUCUGAAGUAUGGCUAAUCACAGAUUUCAGUGUCUCUCCUGCUUCGCUGAUAGUGAGCAAGAAUUUCCCCUACUUGGAGGAACUCAAUCUUGAAAUCAUAAAAUUGCAAACGACUUUUAUUCAUAUUCGAGCACGAUAUACGCCUACGUACCCAAGAGCGAGCUUGAUAGAAUAUCCAAAAAGCUCGGCAUUCAACUUCACUCAACUGAGCAGUGUAUUUUACAUCUAUGGCAUUCUAAUGGUCUUUUCAUGCGGGAUACUAGUUGCAGAAAUUAGCUAUGAUCGCAUCCAGAAAGCGCGACAUGUGCAGAGAGCAAUGGUUGCACUGUCUGCGGUUGGCACAAUGGUAACAGGUUAUCAUCAUAGAAACAGGAUGACCGUAUCCGAAGAAUAAUCUCUUGCUACUUUCAAUGUUGUAAGCACAUAAAGCAAUUUUAUUGAA